GUACCGAGAUGUUGAAAUCUCAUUGAUUUCUUUUUUCUUAUCAGUAAGGAAAAAAAAAGGAAGUGGAAGCUGGGAAGAAAGAUGGACUUGCUGCAUUGGAAGCUCUUUCCGCUGUUAGCGCUGCUCGCUUCUUUCCUUUUCUUUUUCUACAUUCAAGAUUCUUCCAAGUCAUCUCAAAGCGGUUGUAGUCUUUUUCCUCACAGUCACUAUUGGAUUGCAAGCAAGCGCAUUGUGACACCACAAGGGAUUAUUUCUGGUGCUGUUGAGAUAAAGGGAGGGAGUAUCGUAUCAAUAGUUAAGAACAAGGACUGGAGUGGCAAAUUUAAACAAGUAGUUGAUUAUGGCAAUGCAGUUGUCAUGCCUGGCUUGAUCGAUGUGCAUGCGCAUUUAGAUGAUCCAGGGAGGGCAGAAUGGGAAGGAUUUCCUUCAGGGACUAAAGCAGCUGCUGCAGGUGGCAUUACAACAUUGAUUGACAUGCCUCUAAAUAACUUUCCUUCCACUGUUUCAACAGAAACCUUGAAACUCAAGAUUGAGGCUGCAGAGAAGAGUAUUUAUGUUGAUGUUGGCUUCUGGGGAGGUCUAGUUCCUGAAAAUGCAUUCAAUGCAACAGCUCUGGAAGCCCUCUUAGAUGCUGGAGUCCAUGGUUUGAAGUCUUUUAUGUGCCCUUCAGGGAUCAAUGACUUUCCUAUGACAGAUGCCAGGCAUAUUAAGGCAGGACUGUCUGUAUUGGCCAAAUACAAGAGACCUUUACUCGUACAUUCCGAGAUUCAAUCAGUUGUUGAAAGCCACUUAGAAACUGAAGAUGGUGGUGGUGAUCCUCGAUCAUAUUCAACUUAUCUUAAAACAAGGCCACCUUCUUGGGAGGAGGCAGCUGUUAGAGAACUUUUGACUGUUACAAAGGACACAAGGAGCGGAGGUCCGGCAGAAGGUGCUCAUCUUCAUGUGGUUCAUUUGUCUGAUGCCAGUUCUUCCUUAGAUCUUAUAAAGGAAGCGAAAAGGAGAGGUGACAGCAUAACUGUUGAGACUUGCCCUCAUUAUCUAGCUUUUUCAGCAGAAGAAAUUCCUGAUGGAGAUACUCGUUUCAAGUGUGCCCCACCUAUCCGUGAUGCAGCCAAUAAAGAAAAACUAUGGAAUGCUUUAAUGGAAGGAGAUAUUGACAUGCUGAGUUCUGAUCAUUCACCAACAGUCCCGGAACUUAAACUCCUCAAUGAUGGUAACUUUUUGAAGGCUUGGGGCGGUAUAUCAUCUAUACAGUUUGUUCUUCCUGUGACAUGGUCAUACGGACAGAAAUAUGGAAUAACCUUGGAACAGUUAGUUUCAUGGUGGAGCGAGAGGCCUGCAAAGCUUGCUGGACAACAUUCAAAGGGAGCCAUAGCAAUCGGAAACCACGCAGAUGUCGUUGUUUGGGAACCUGAAGUGGAAUUUGACCUCAAUGAAGAUCAUCCUAUGUUUGUUAAAAAUCCGAGUAUAUCUGCCUACAUAGGCAAAAGACUGUCUGGAAAAGUGCUGGCCACUUUUGUAAGAGGGAACCUUGUUUACAAAGAAAGGAACCAUGCUUUUGCUGCUUGUGGUUCUACCAUCCUCGCAACAUAGCAUGGAACAAAAGGGUAACAUUAUUCUCAUAAACAUCAUAACAAGCAAUGAACUUUUCUCAAUUUUCAUAACACAAAAUGAAAAAUCGAACAGUUAAAACGCAAUAAUCACGAGUUGUACAAUAUAUUUAAUACAUAUGUCUCCUAGUUUUUGUUUAGGAUUUUAAACACAUUUAAUUAUUUAUGUUAUGUUCAUCUUUACAUAGUUAAGAUGAAAAAAAGGCGUGCAUGCAAGUAUCACUAAAUUUACGUCUCA